AUGGCCCAGCAACAUCGAGAGAAUAUUUGGUAAGUUUAAUUUGAACUGAAAAUUAAUAUAAUAUCGAGAGUUUUGUGUAUGUAAUCGACUUCUAUAUUUUGUAGGAGAGAUCAAUUUAUGAGCGAACUGGAAAAUGACGAUGUCAAUCGCCAGCUUUGCGCCGUUGCUGCGGAUGAAAUGUUCGAGUCCUGGUCGUCGGAGACGCAGGAGCAGAUUUUGGCUGAAUGGAAUGAUUGGCGACGAGACGAAAACCCUGGACAUAGCUGUGAUGAAUGUGGCAAAACAUUUACACGAUCCAGCGACCUAAAGCGCCAUACAAAACGUGUACACACUGGAGAAAGAGCUUUUUCUUGCAACCAUUGUGACAAAUCCUUCGCUAGGAAAGAUAUGUUGAAACGUCACGAGAAAGUCCAUAGCAAGGAAAAAGUAUACGAAUGCCAUAGAUGCCACAAGAAAUUUGCUCGAAAGGUACUAGUACCGACAGUUUAUAUUCUAGCUGCGAUGUAUUUUAAAUUAUUAUGUUUAUUUAUUAUUUUUCAAGGACAAACUGAAUAGGCAUAUGAAAAUGCACGAGCGCCGUGGCGCGGAACGGGAGUAUACUUGUAAUGAGUGCGGUGAAGUAUUCCGAAAUAUAUUUCCAUUCCAAACCCAUCAACGCGAAUUCCACCAAGUUGGCCGUGGGAAACGUACCAAGACGCCGAUCGGGCGAACAAAAAGGCAAAGAACUGAUGAGCCAGGUAUGUAUAGAUGAAAAUAUUUUGAUUACUAACUUUGUAUUUAUACAGAUAUUUUUUCUCUUUUAAGAAUCGCCAUCAUCUUCGACACGCGUUAACGAAGGUAAGAGAGUAUAUAUGCUGUGUAAUAAUUUGAGUUAAAAUCACACUAAUACAUUUUUUUUCUCCUUUUCAGGGGUGUCUACGUCUACAGUCGUCAACGAAGGUAUGAAAUUCAAUUUUUAUACCGUAUAUAGUAUAUUGCUUGUGGUGAUUUGCUGUGUAUAUUGAUAAUGUUAAUUACUCGGUUUUAAAACAUUGCCAGGCGAAAGACUUUGAGAUCCUAACGUUUACAUUUGAAAAAUAUUUUAAUGCUGUUUUCAUGCUGUUUCACUGAUGUUUGUGUUUUGAAAACCUGAUAAACAUAAUCGGGUAAUUUUUAAGCGUGGGUUUAUAGUGUGGAAUGUUCCUAAUUAUUCGUGUUAGACUUAUGUUCAUUUGCUUUAUUAAUUCAUGUCAUUGCACGAGUAUUUACGCUACAUCUGUUUUAUAACAUUCGCUAGCGUUUUAUAGUGAGGUAAAAGUAAUUUUGGUUGCGUAGGUUUAUCAUGUUGCUAUGUGAAAUUGCAUGUCCCUAAUUUAUUCAUGUUAGACUUAUGUCGAUUUUUUAUGAAUCGGGUGUUUGUAUGACAAAAUUAGUGCGAAGCUCUAGACAAAAAUAAAGAAUCGGGUGUUAUUUCUAUAGGACCCAAAGAGUUCCCCCAGGAUCCCCUAUUACCACCGUCCAACCUUCCUUCCCAACUCCACCGAGAUCAUUGGCGUGCUAUACGUACGCAGCAAAGUCGAGGCAACCGAGUGCAAGAUUGGUAUAAUUAUCGUCUAAGCUCAGUGAAUAUGGGUCAACUUGUUGCCGAUAUAGACCGUAUAUUCGAAGAUCAAACCACUGUCUUUAAGUUAAAUCUCUCCUUUGGUUUCGUAUUGUUUAAUAACGAGACACAACAAAUGCAAUAUCACCACCCCUCAGCAAACAACCGCCGUGUUUUCGACUCCCCGUUCCAGAUUAAAAACCGCGAGGAUUUGGUUCAAGUGCGUACAGCGUUGGAAAACAUUGACAUUCAUGAAUGGGCUCGACAACAACGGCGCAACUCCAAAUGGAUUGUCAUGGAUAUUACCAACGUUACCUUCUAGUCACCAAACUUCGAGACCAUCCCAUCGGACGUUCUGUGCGUUUACCCAAAUACGUGUUGGAGAAUCCUGCCACUGUGUCGCUAGACUGUGAUAGUAAUACCAGUUUACCAUACGAGGAUAAACUUUGUUUCUUUCGUUGUUUGGCUAUGCACAAAGGUUGCCACCCCAAAAAUUUAGAACGUGAUACUCAUCAUUUUUAUGAACAAUAUUCGGAAGAUGAUGAUUUUGACGGUGUUACCCUAGAGGAACUACCUGAACUGCAAAAGUUAUUCGAGUUAAACAUUUACGUGUAUCGCCUUACAGAGCUACACGACGAGGACGAAGACAAGACCUCCAUUGUGGCUUAA